GGUUUAAAAAUUGUAAAAUCAUGUAUCUAGUAAUUUCCAGAAAUUUUCAGAGGUUAUUUUUAAUUGACUUGUUCCAGCUGCCCCUCAACUAUUUCUUUCAACCUUCAGCGUCAUUAACAACUAACGAACACAAUGGUCAAGUGUACACAUAAAGGCUGUGGUAAAGAAUUCACAGAAGAAGAUAAUAAAGAUAAUGCUUGUCAAUAUCACGCAGGAGCUCCUGUAUUCCAUGAGGGUUUAAAGGGUUGGUCUUGCUGUAAGAAACGAGUCUCUGACUUCGAUGAGUUUCUCGCCAUUCCUGGUUGUACGUUCGGCCGCCAUUCUUCCGAGCCCGUAGAUCAACCUGCUGUUCAAAACAAAGUUACUGAAAGCAAAACUGUAACAGAAGCAAGUCAUGUCACAGCUGAUGGUGUCGAAGUUUAUGGCCAGCAAAAUAACCCACAAUCUCAGCAGACAUCCACAUUGACAGCCGUAGAAGCUGUAGCAAAGAAGGAAGAGGAGCCUAAGGAGUCUGAAAUUACAGAAGAAGACGACGAAUCACUUCCUGUGCCAGAUGGUACUGUGUGUAAAAGACGUGGUUGUGGAUGUGUAUGGAAAGGCUGUGAUGUAUCUCGCGGAGAGGGUGCUGAAGCAGUUUGCCAUUAUCAUUCCGGUACUCCUGUUUUUCAUGAAGGCUCCAAGGGUUGGAGCUGUUGUUCUCGUAAAGUGUUAGAUUUUGAUGAUUUCUUGAAGAUUCCAGGUUGUAAGGAAGGAAAGCAUUUGUUCCUUGGUGCGAGUAAUAAGGGCGAGGAAAUGGUUGAUUGUCGUACUGAUUGGUAUCAGACACAAUCAAGUGCCAUAUUGAGCAUUUUUGCCAAGAAUAAAGAAAAUACUAAGGUUGAAUUCAAAGAACAAAGUGUCGAUAUUGACAUUACGAUGAAGGGCAAUAAACGUUAUAAGAAAACCAUUCCUCUUUUUAUGCCAAUCGACAUUUCUGCAUCAAAAUACGAGGUCCUCUCAACAAAGAUCGAAAUCAAUUUAAAGAAAACAAACGGUAUUUCAUGGGCUUCUCUUGAGCCUAAUGCUAAUGUUAAAACAUGGACAACCUUCGGUGUCACUGGUGGUGGCGGUACUGUUGGCGGCACUGAAAUGUAUUACAAUGCAGAUUCUCCUUUGCAUGUUCUCAACAGUAAGCAAUAGUCCACAUAUCACAACCUUUCCAUACUUUUUAUCUGUUAGAUUAUACACUUUUCAUAUCUAGAAUAAACACAUUUUCAACCAUUUUUCCGUUUUGAUGUGUUGCUGACUAUUAUUAUAUGCUUAAUUUUCCCAUAAAGAGGCACAGAAAAACUUUGAUUCUCGCAAUAGAAGUCUCAAUUAGUGACAUUUUAGGCUUAAUACAAUUCUCAGUUAUUAUUUUGUUAUCAAUUAUGUUGACGUUUUUUUAAUUCUUAGAGAAAUCGCCUUUUGGACGGAGUGUGCACGGUCCGCUUCCGAGCUGUGACGUUUUAUCUGUUUUCUAAGCCGUCGAUCCAAGAUUACAAAAAUAAAGCAGCUGUGGCAAUCUAAAAGCUCGUUUCAUUCA